AUGAAUGAAUCUUAUUUCGAAUAUUUAAAUGAAAAUUUUCAAGAUGAAGGUUUUCAAGAUGAAAAUUUUCAAGGUGAAAAUUCUCAAGGCGAAAAUUCUCAAGGCAAAAAUUUUCAAGGUGACAAUUCUCAAGCCGAAAAUUCUCAAGGUAAAAAUUCUCAAGAAUCCAUUUCAAAAAAAUCUGCUGGACAGCCACCUGCAAGAGUUUGGAACUUUUUUAAUAAAGGUGCUUCUGUAAAAGGUCAUUGUUCAGGACAGUGCAAAGUAUGUAGAUCCUUUUGGGCACGUACAAAAUCUGUAGAUUUAGAAGAACAUUUAGCUUUAGAUUGUCUUAAUCAAAAUAGAGAUGUUAUAGACUUUUAUGCUCAAGUUGUUGCUGAGCGACAAGGUCAUAGCCAAGCAGUAUCACAAAAAACAAUACCUGGUACUAAUUUAAACAAAAAAAAAAGAAUACUUACAAGUAAUCAGGCAUCAUUAUCUGAAUUUUUAAAAAAACCCUAUAAUAGGUCUUAUAUGUUAACUAUUGAUAGUCCAAGUAGAUGGUGGAAAACUACUGGAGAUGGUAUCAAAACAAAACCCAGUACUCUUUCUUCCUUAGCAAUUAAAUUGUUUUCAGUACAUCCUCAUGCUGCAAGAGAUCGAUGUAAUAAUUUAGGAACAAAAAAUCUUGAGUCAAUGAUAAAAAUAAGCUCUUAUUUAAUAUCAAAUGCUAAACAAGAACUACAUUAUUAUGGGUUAGAUUUGACAAAAGAAGAAAUACAAACCAUCUUUCAAAAUAUUACUUUAUUUUCUGAGGUUAAUAAUAAAGAAAAUUUUGAUAAUUCUGAUAAUUUAGUUGAUAUUGCUGAUCCUGAAAUUGAACAUCAAACUUAG